CCUCAGCUCCGUUUCUCCUCCCUCCUUCUCUUUCUUCGUCGAUCGAUUCGGUAUAGUGCCGAAGAGAAGCGCGCAGAGAAGUAAAUUUUUGGGUUGUUCUCUGUUGCCAAUGACAGUUGCACAGGCUGAGGUUUUGCUCUUGCGGAUAGCAGCGAUUUGUAUGUCUGUCUUAAUUGUUCGGAUGGACUAGGGACAGAAGCUUCAUCACUCAUUGAAGUCUCCGCGGGUGUCGUCAGGAAAGCAAUGCCAGUGCGGUAGCGUAUGGUCACAAUUACUCCGUGAUGAGGACGGUGGCAGUGAUGACGACGGAGAUUUAUACUGCGAGAGCAACAGGCAUUUGAUGGACUUGUUUGAUGGCUAUCACUUGGAAGCAAGGACAACUCUCCGCAACAUAAUACGAGACAUAUCAAGCCCCUACCACUGCCUUCUAUAAGCACCGAGAGGGAAGAGGUGUAAGUGGGGAAGGGAAUUGAGCAGAUGCAGGCAGCGGUUGCGGUUCUUGAUCACGUCCUUUAUGCUUUCUAUCAGGCCAUCUUUUUUUUUAGCCGACGGUAUCUCUCCCUCUCUCUCUCCUCCAGGUAUAAAACAGAAAGGACGAGUCGCAAAGGGCUGAUAAAGUGGGCAGAGAGUGACAGAGAGAGAGCCACCAUUAGACGUCAUGCCUAUCUCAUCUGACGAAUGCGUAGAGAUAUAGGGAGAGUCUGACCCACCCUUCUCUUUAUGAAUCGUAUUUUGUUAAACAGAGAUAUUGGAGGUGGCUGGGAAGUGUGACAGCCGUGGAGAGAGUGACCGUCAGGGUCAGAGUCUGCUAGGAUACUUCUAUAUACCGACUUGUGUUGUUCCAAUGCGAGCUGCAUCUGCUCGAUCAGUCUAUUACACAGAGAGAGAGAGAGAGAGAGAGAGAGAGAGAGAGAGAGAGAGAUGGCAGGAGGUGGUGUGGUUCAUGGGCCGGUGGGGGUGGCCAAGGAGAGGGCGCAGCAGUACAAGGGAAGGGUAACGCCGUACGUCGUCAUGGCCUGCUUGGUCGCUGCCGUCGGUGGAUCCAUCUUCGGCUACGACAUCGGCAUCUCAGGAGGUGUCACAAGCAUGGACCCGUUCCUGAAGAAGUUCUUCCCUGUCGUCUACCGCAAGAAGAACUCGCAGUCCCACAACAACUACUGCGAGUACGACAACCAGGGCCUCGCCGCCUUCACCUCCUCUCUCUACCUCGCCGGCCUCGUCGCCUCCCUUGCGGCCUCCCCCGUCACCAGGAAGCACGGCCGCCGCGCCAGCAUCGUCUGUGGCGGCAUCAGUUUUCUCGUCGGAGCCACCCUCAACUCCGCCGCCGUCAACCUGCCGAUGCUGAUCCUCGGCCGUAUCAUGCUCGGCAUCGGUAUCGGGUUCGGGAAUCAGGCAGUUCCUCUCUACCUCUCCGAGAUGGCGCCGGCGCACCUCCGCGGCGGCUUGAACAUGAUGUUCCAGCUCGCGACGACCCUGGGAAUUUUCUCCGCCAAUAUGAUCAACUACGGCACCGAGAAGAUCAAGCCGUGGGGGUGGCGUCUUUCCCUCGGCCUGGCAGCGGCCCCCGCGAUCCUGAUGACCAUCGGAGGCGCCCUCCUGCCGGAGACCCCCAACAGCCUCGUCGAACAAGGGCGGGCCGAGGAAGGCCGCCGCGUCCUGGAGAAGAUCCGCGGCACCAACGACGUGGACGCCGAGCUCCAAGACAUGGUCGAAGCCAGCGAGCUCGCCAACUCCAUCGAGCACCCCUUCCGGAACAUACUGGAGCGCCGGAACCGGCCUCAGCUCAUCAUGGCCAUCCUCAUGCCCACGUUCCAGAUCCUGACGGGCAUCAACUCCAUCCUCUUCUACGCGCCGGUGCUGUUCCAGAGCAUGGGCUUCGGUGGGAACGCGGCGCUCUACUCCUCCGUCAUGACCGGCGCCGUGCUCGCCUCUUCCACGCUUGUUUCCAUCGCCACCGUCGACAGGUGGGGGAGAAGACCGCUGCUGAUCGGCGGCGGAUUACAGAUGAUCGUGUGUCAGGUUGCAGUGGCCGUCAUACUAGGCGUCAAGUUCGGCGGCGACAAGCAGCUGUCGAAAGACUUCUCCAUCGUCGUCGUCGUGGUGUUCUGCCUCUUCGUUGCCGCCUUCGGGUGGUCGUGGGGGCCGCUGGGGUGGACGGUCCCGAGCGAGAUAUUCCCGCUGGAGACGAGGUCGGCCGGGCAGAGCAUCACGGUGUCGGUGAACCUCCUCUUCACCUUCGCCAUCGCCCAGUCCUUCCUCAGCCUCCUCUGCUCCUUCAAGUUCGGCAUCUUCCUCUUCUUCGCCGGUUGGAUCACCAUAAUGACCGUCUUCGUCUACGUCUUCCUCCCGGAGACCAAAGGGGUGCCUAUCGAGGAGAUGAUACUGCUGUGGAGGAAGCACUGGUUCUGGAAGAGAGUCAUGCCACCUAUCGAAGUGGCGGAUGAAGGCGGACCAGCAGAAGCAGAGUUGCCUGAUACGAGGCUUUAAUCAAAAUUAGAGCACUGUCGUUAGAGAGUAUUGUUGCUACCGAUGCACUGUUCGAGUGCUAUGCAAGCAUCACUUAGUUGUACGUUAUCACUAAGCUAACAUGUAAGAAGUACAGUCCAUGCAAAUUUAUCAUGAGUAAAUUUACUACUGCAAACAGAUAGUUGAUUUAGUUCA